CCACUCUUCCACAUUAGAAAUGCUAUGAAGCGAGAAGAUGGCCAUUUGGUGGGAGCCAGGAUGGCUUCAGUAAAGGCCGCUGGUCCUGGGAGAAAUACCCAGCGGCCGCCCGCCUGCCCUUCCUUCUGAGGCUUGUGGAAGGCCAGGGCAAAGCUGGCUGCCCAGAGAAGCGGCUCACUAGCGCAGGCCGGGCCACGAGGCAGGGAGGCGAGCUGGCGCCGCCAAGGGGCAGCUCCAAGGAGGCCAAGAUGCCAGGGUGAGCCCGGCUGCGAGUGGCCGCUGCUGCUCAUCCCUCGGAGGGUCUCCAGAGGCCCAACCUGCCCCCAGGCACGUCCACAGCCUCCUUGAAUUGGCCGCCCUGCGGGGGAAUUGGGGCAUCUUCCUCCUCCAACCCCGACUCUGGGGCUCCUUUUCGUCAGACUGGGAGAACUGGGGGGCCCACUUCCUCUGCCCCCUGGCAAUCCCCAGGCCCAGUGGGGAGUCCCCGGGCGCUCCUCCUCCAGGGAGCCCUCCCUCCCUCCGGGGCUCCCCCGGGCCAGGCGGCUGGCCUGCAGUCACUGGACGUUAGGGGGGGAGGGCAAGGCCUAGCACAUCACUUCCGGGUGAUGCGUGCUCCACUUCCGGUCCAGCCCACGUGCGGAGUCCCAGGCGGUUCCCCCAAGGCGGAAGAGGCGGGACUGGAGCGGCCGGGGUGGGGCGGGGCGGUGCAGGUGAGCGGCUCUAGAGGGAGGGAAAGCAGGGCGGGAUCACCGCCCUCUGCCCGCCCGCCCGUUGGGGUUCCAUGACGUUAGCCCCGGGGGUCGAGGGAUGAAGGAAGGAAUGGAGGCCGCCUCCCCCAGCCCCCCCUUUGGGGCCUGGGUCCCUGGCCUGUCCGAGUGGCGACCCUGGCGGCCUCCCGCUGCCGUCCACCAAGCCUGUGGGGGCUCCCUCUGCUCCGGCCCCCCCCCCCAAGGAGAGCGCAGCCCUGGUGAAAGGGCCUCUGGCUCCGGUCUCUCCCCCCAGGCUGGCCCCCAAGGCUCUUCCGGGGGGGCCAUGAGGCGCCCCCAGGCCCUUGAGUGCGGCCCUCUGCAUCUUUUCAGACUCGGCUCGUGCUGAGGACCAUGGAAAGGCCUCUCUUCACCUCUCAGCUCUCCAGAUUCUCCUGCAUCAAAGAGUGGCCUGAGCCGCAGUCAGUGGCUUUUCUGGAGACACUGGCAAAAGAUGACAUUGAUACGGCUGUCCAAUUGAUUUUAUGCCGAGAAAAAUUCAUUGUGAAGAAAAUAGACACGUAUUUGGACCACCAAGAUACGUUGACUACGAGGAGAAGGGAAUUGUUGUACAGGAAAUGGGUUUCUAAUGUCAGAGACCCUCUCCAGCAGAAGAUUAUUGAAAAAGUCAGUACAUCCAGAAAUUUUUCGAAAAAGAAACAAGAAGAGUUUGAGAGUUACCUCGAAUUCAUCAAUAAAACGGGAGCCGUCUUCUUCGACCACUACAUCCCUGGCGUGUACGACCCGUAUUACAUGAAGAACAAGGACCCGGAGUAUUUCAAGGUCACGGUUCCGCUAUUGCACGACCCUCUGUUCCAAGCUCGGCAGAUCAGGGACGAGGAGAACAGGGCGCUGCUUCAGUGCGAGACGGGGAAGAGAUACACGAUGAGGAAGUUCAGGGAGCUGGAGAAAUCCAAGCUCAUGAGGCUGCCCCCCUUCUCCUUCGGCCAGCAGGACAAACGGCCAAAGUCGGAGCCGGCCAACAGGGAACACCGCCCGAAGAGCAGCAUGCAGACCAAGCUAGGCUCGGUGGGCAGGCGGCCCCCGCCGGCGAGGAAGGACACUGCCAGAAGCGGCGCGCCCAGCCCCAAGCAGCCCCCGACCCCCCGGCCCGGGCUGGAGGACAUCGAGGAGAAGAAGAUCGGCUCGGUGACAGGGCUCGACCUGCUGAUGGCCGCGUCGCUGCGUCACAUGCACCCGGAGGCAGAGCAUGUCAGGGUCCGCCUGAAGGCGUCAGACGUGUGGGCGCAUCGCCCGCUGCUACUCAAGUCCGCCACCUGGUCCGGCGGCCACAAGCUGCGCCCUGUGUGCUAGGAGAGGUUGGCACGCGUGCCCUGUCCUUGCCGGCCCUCGGCCACCGCGAGGACGUCGCGCAGGCGCCCUCUGCAGCCUCCCGAGGGGCCGGUGCUCUGGGAGGUCCGAGCGAGCCGCUCGGCGCCUGC